AUGGCUGCGUUAAGUAACCGCGAGGGUGAUCCAGGUGCUGGAGGACGCGUUUGUUGGGAGGGUGUGACGGUGGAGGUCCCUUCUGAUGACGUGGACAUGCCAGACUGGCACGACGACGCCAUUGAUCUGACGUGGCAGAACAGCCAGCCAGUCUCGCCGCAAGGAGCUCUAUCCCAGGACUUCUCACAGCUUAUUUCCCAAGACAUUAAGCCGGACAUCCAGCCAUUCGCCGCUUACCCACCUGCGGUGCCUCCUCCCGAGCCUGCUGCCGAACCUGGAGCUGGUAGAGGACAGGAGACGAGGAGGCCCGGUGCAGCUGCGGCAGGUGGUGAGGAGGAAGUGAGUGGUCCGGGAGGGGCGGAAGAAGGGUUUGAGCGGGCCGCUGCUCCCGAGCCUGCCACAGACACGUUUUGCAUUCGUGCUGCUGGUGCGGCUCAAGGGCCUGGUGCUGACGUGGCUGGAGUGCCCGUUGCUGACGUGGCCUGUGAGCCUGAUGCUGACGUGGCUCAAGUGGAUGAGGGCCAUGCAGAGGAGGCUCGCUGGCUAGCCACUGAUAGCUAUGGGUCGUUUGGGUGCAGCAGCGUUCAGCCCGUGACUCAGGAGUUCCCAGACUCGGCCGACCUCUUCCCCCUGCCUGCUGACCACGCUCACAGGCUGGGCGACGGGGACAAGGACGAUAAUGCAGCUGCUUCUAUGGGGGACAAGGACAAUAACGCAGCUGCUUCAAUGGGGGACAAGGACAAUAGCGCAGCUGUUUCAGUGGGGAACAAGGACAAUAAAGCAGCUGCUUCUAGUGGGAAUGCAGAGGAUAAAGCUGCUGAGCUGGAUGGGGGCGAGGAGGGGAAGGUGGUGAAGGACAGUGGUGCAGCAUAUACUAACGGGGACGUGGCGGAUGCAGACAAACAUGGCAAUGCAGCAGCUGAUCACGGGGAUGAGGGCGAUGGGAUAGGUGAAGAGGGAACUAGAGAGGGCCAUGUGGGGAGGAAAGGCGAAAGGAAGGGAGCGAAAGUUGAGGGGAGAGAGGGCAGGCGAGGGGAAGAGGAGCUAAGGGAUAAGUGUGCAGGAGUGGGUGUGGGUGGAGAGGAAAUGAGCACGAGGGAGGAAAGGGGUGGAGGGAAGGAAGGGGAGGGGGGCGAUGGGGCAGUAUUGGUGCAGAUUGGAAGGCGGGGUGCGUCAAGUGUGGAGUUGGGGAGAGAAGGUAAAGGGGGUAGUGUCGGACUGGUGGGACGCGAGACAGAGAGGGGUGAGGGGGAGGGGGCAGGGGUAGGAGAGGGAGAGGAAGAAGCGGCGGAUGGGAAAGACGAGGACAGAGGGGGAGUGGAGUUGGCUGUGGGAGUGAAGGAGGGGCCGGAGGGAGGCGAGGGGAAGGAGACGGAGGAGGGAGGGGAAAUGAAGGAGACGGAGGAGGGAGGUGAGGGGAACGAGGUGGAAGGAACCGAAGGGGCGGAGGAGAGGAAGGAGGCGGAGGAGGUUACGGGGCGGAGAAGAGAAGCCGCAGAGGAGGAGGAGGAGGAAGGGGACGCAGUACAGGCUCAUGUGCAGCCUGCAAGCUCAGUCCAAGCUGAGGAUGGCGAAUUUGGCUUGAAGGCUGCUGCUCACCUUCAUGUGGAAGGAGUAGCAGGCAGCCCUGUGAGUCCGGCGAUGGAGGAGGAGAAGGAACGCGAGCAGGCGAGUAGGGAUGGCGAGGGAGGGGAUGAUGUGGAGGAUGGGCAGGGGGGAGAGGAUGAUGUGGAGAUGGCAGAAGCGGGUGUGAAGCCGACGUUUGAGGCGUGGCUGCCUGGGGAUGGGACGGAGGAGGGUUCGUUUGAGACGCAGCAGACCAGGGAUGUGAUGCAUGUGGACGUGGAUGAUUCUGCUGCUGCUGCUGCUGCCCUUGCGGAUGUGCCAGGAGGAGCUCCCUCUGCCAAUUUCCCCAUGACUUUUGAGACGUCUCAGAAGUCGUUUGACACGCAGCCGACAAGGGAUGCGAUGCUUGUGGGCCCGGAUGAUUCUGUUGCUGCCCUUGCGGAUGUGUCACCAGCUCCCUUUGCUGAUGUCCCCAUGGCACGGGAUGGUGGCUAUGAAUCGCAGGAAGACAGAGGAGAGAGGGACGGGGAUGUUUCUGCUGCUGCUGCUGCUGCUGCUGCGUCCACAGGGGCUGAUGUUGCUACAGCCACUGCUGAUACUGCUGCUACUGCUACUACUACUGCUGCUACUACUGCUACUACUACUGCUGCUACUACUGCUACUACUGCUGAAGCUGUUGCUGUUGCUGACGAGGAGACGCAGGAUGCAGAGGGGUUGGUGCUAGUGCCAGAGGAGGAAGAAUUGCAGAGGGCACAGGGGGAGGACGUGCAGUGGACAGAGGCGUAUGACACCCAGGAGACACAUGGAGCUGCAAUGCUGGAGACGUCUGUUGUGAAGCUGACUUCUGAGUUGACUCAAAAGUCAGAGGGGGUGGCGCUCGGGGUAGAGGAGGCGGAAUUGCUGAGGACACAGGAGGAAAAGGACGUGCAGUGGACAGAGGCGUAUGACACCCAGGAGACACAUGGAGCUGAAGUGCAGGAAUUGUCUGUUGAGAAAUCCCAAGAAACGGCUGCAACAACAGAGCAUCAUAAAGAAUUCCCUGCAGCAACAGAGCAUUCUCAAGAAUCGCCUGCAGCAACCCAGGAGAGAGAUGGCGUUGCAGCCCAGGAGAUGGAGGAGGAGGAGGAAGAGGAGGAGGAAGAGGAGGAGGAGGAGGAGGAAGGGCAUGCAGAGCACACAGAGGAGGCGAACGAGACAGACACAGAACAAGGGGAUGAGGCGGGCUCAGAGGAAGCGGAGGUGGUGGUUGGUGCGGGAGGGGUGAAUGGGGCUCAAGAGAUAGCUGAGGGGGAGCGGGAGAAGGAGAAGGAGGAGGAGGAGGGAGUGGAGGCGGAUGAGGAAGGGGAGAGGUUGUUGGGGGGCGUGGCUGGUGCUGACAGUGCUGCCCGUGCGGGGAGUGAGACGCAGGACGAGGCGGUGGCUCCUGAAGAAGGGACGGAAGAAAGGGGAGGAGAGGGAGCGCAUGGAGUGCCAGAAUCCGAGGGGCGAGGGGCAGGGGGAGGGGAGAACAAAGGAGCAGGAGAGGUUGGAGCGAGGGAGGCAGGAGAGCGAGCGUCAGCUGCGAAAGGUCCAGCGGCUGAACUACGCAGCAAGCAGAUGUCAGAGUUUGACAUGUCAGCGAGAGUGGCAGUGGAUGUGCCGGGCGUAACCGCUGCUGCCGCCGACACGAUCGCUGAGGCGCUAGCUUCCAAAAUGGCUGCUGAGGUGGCGGCGGCCAUUGCUGCAGGGCUCAGUGGGGCCAACAAAAGGCCACGUUCUGCCGGCCAGGAUCAGAGCAGCGCGAAGGAAAAGGACGGGAGACGCAGUCCGGUGGAGGAUGGGAGGAGUUUCGCCAAGGAUGGAGAUGUGCUCUUCAGAUCGUCUCGAUUCGCAGUAAUGGCGGGAUUGGGUGAGGGUUCAGAAGAGGAAGAGCUCGAGUUUCGAGUGGAGGUGGUUGGGAGGAGGAGGAAGAGCACAGUUGAGCCCUGCUGA